GCUCCAGCUGACCGGCCUGGAAUCCCGGUUCCAAGCCCCGGACCCUCCGCUCCCAGCGACCCCCCGCCCCGGCGACGCGGCCCCGCCGGAGACUCGGCCCUGCUAUGGGAGACGCCGGCAGCGAGCGCAGCAAGGCGCCCAGCCUGCCGCCCCGGUGCCCCUGCGGAUUCUGGGGGUCCAGCAAGACUAUGAAUCUCUGUUCCAAAUGCUUCGCUGAAAAAAGAAAUCCACACAAUGAAAAAGAUUUCCAAAAGAAGCAGCCAGAUGAUGACUCCACUCCCAGCACAAGCAACAGCCAAUCAGAUUUGUUCUCUGGAGAAACAAACAGUGACAACAGCAAUACCUCGCUAACUACGCAGACUGUUAACUCCAGCCAGCAACUUUCGACAGAACUGAAUGUAACUUCGCUGAGUAAAGAGGAAUGUGGGCCAUGCACAGGUACACCUCAUGUCUCGUUAACUACACCAACCAAAAGAUCCUGUGACUCUGAUUCACAGUCAGAGAGCGAGGCUUCUCCUGUGAAACGGCCACGGCUACUGGAGGACAGUAAUGACAGGCCUGAGGAAACCAGUCGAUCCAAACAGAAGAGCAGACGCAGGUGCUUCCAGUGCCAAACAAAACUGGAGCUAGUACAGCAGGAACUGGGAUCAUGUCGCUGUGGUUAUGUGUUCUGUAUGUUACAUCGCCUGCCCGAACAACAUGACUGCACAUUUGACCACAUGGGACGUGGGCGUGAGGAAGCCAUUAUGAAAAUGGUGAAACUGGACCGGAAAGUAGGGAGAUCAUGCCAGCGCAUUGGCGAAGGGUGUUCCUGAGUGCGAGACUCUGCAACCAAAUGCUGUUCUUAGUUCACUAAUGUUAGCCUUAUUUAGGACAAAGUCAGCCAGACACCUUGUACGGGGCAAGUUUCAGACUACAGCCAAUCAGUUUCCUUUCUUUAGCCAACCGUCCUGGUACUGUAGUUUAGGGGUUGAUGGUGGUUGAAAUUGAUUUCUGGCUGGUUGCAAAGGUGCCUGCUAGCCAAUGUAUAAAAUUAAAACAUGAAGAAAUAUUUUUUCGAGCAUGGCUAGUGGAUUUAAAACACAACAAAACAAAAAAUCCAAAGGCUUCUGUUAUUGCUGGAGUCAAACUCUAAAAGCCUUAUGCUGGAAACCUUCCAGCUGCAGAGUUAAAAUAAAUAGCUGAGUAGAAGCUGGUGUAAAAGUUUGCUAUGCACAUGGCUUUCAGACAAACUGUGUUUAAUGUGCAGCCUUUCACCUCUUCACUUCUAGUUCAUCCUGAAGAGAUGAAACUCCACUAAGAGCAGCCGUGGUAGCUGCUAAGCCCGGAAGACCUGACUGGUCAUCCGUGCCUUCAUCACGUGUGGCUUUUGAGGUUAGGCAAUGUCACCAGCAUCAGGGAUUCUCCUGGGGAGGGAACAUCUUUCUGGUUCUUCCCAGGAAGCCAAAAAGAGGGGAACAGAGAUUCUUAUGAAAAAUUUUUGUAUCUAACUUGCUGCAGAGAUCCUGUUUUUCUUCAUUUAAAUUAUGGUGAUCUCAUUUUAAAGCUGGUUACAUCCUAGAGCAGUAAACAGUGUAUAUUCUCUACAUGGCAUCCAUAGAAUUUC